AUGUCUGACGAAGAAGCCAUCCCACUCUUGGAAAAGCUUGGAUCCGAUCCUCGCUUCAGCUUUCCCGGAUCCGGCGAUGCUUCAAAAUAUCCUAUCGAGACACACCCGAUGCCUCAAGCUCAAGAUUACCCGGACGUCCCCGCUGGUCGAGUAAGAUCCAUCCUAACCCCCGGAGGCUUUGAUUUGUACUGCAAGGCUACGAAGAUACCUAUAAAGCUUCAAGAAUCUUUCAGCGUUGCCAAGGAUAGACGACAAGUACAGCAUGUCUUCAAGAUGGAACUAUCGAUCCCCAAUGUAUACACUGGCACGCAUACAGCGGAAGGUCAAUCGAAACAAGCAGCGAAGUCUCGGGCAUGGAAAGCCGUAACUGCCAAGAUGCAUGCCAACGGAUCACUAGCGAAGCUAUUACGGCACAAGACAAAGCCUGAAGCAACGACCGCACCGCUAGAGGACAUCGGCUUCAUCAGGAGGUCUGAGACUCUGCCUACCCAACAGCGGUACCCUCAAGCGCCGACGAAGCUUUUCGAGCCACGAUUCAUUCAGGAAACGAUCAGCGGGAUAUGUGGUAAGGCAAAAGUCGCAAUGCAGAUCAACACCGACUUUUCUGCACUUGCAAACAAGCCCGAUGGCAGCGGACGCAGGUGCACACUCAAACUUGAUCUAUCUGGUGUAUGCGAAGAGAGUGCAUGGGGUGAAGGCAUGACCAAGCAAGCAGCAAAGCAAGCAGCAUGGCUUCGGAUGACUGCAAGACUGCAUGAGAACGGGGUCCUAGACGACAUUUUUCCGAGCCAAGAAAUACUAAGCGGAACCACGGAUCUUGAAGGUGAGGAAUUGAAAGCAACGUCUCUGGACAAGCAGACGCUUGCAGAGGAGAAAGAUUCCAAGACUGAAAUAUAUAACUAUGCCGCUAGCUUGGGACAGGUUCCGAUUUUUACAGUGUCGACUUCAGAGUCCAAGUCAAGAAAAGUGAGCUGGCGGAGACAAAAGGUUACGCCAGCGACGCUGUACAAGGUCACGGUCGCACUGCCAGACUUGAAAAUCGAGGCAUCAGCGGCGGCAAAGAGCAUACUUCUGGCCGAGACCGCUGCAUCGAUCGACUUCAAAACUAAAGCGGAGGACUUCAAGCGAGCAAACAACGACAUCAGGGAGAGUGACAUGGGCUUUGGUAUUUUGAAUACUGAUACUGCGAGCUACUUUUUUGAGUACUUGCGUGAGGUUCGCCGCGAUAUACGCCUUGAAACAGUCCACGAAACUGUGAGAGCGGGUGCUGCGACCCGUCACAGUGUUACUAUCAGCGUUGAUGGUGACCCUGUGGGUGAGCCCGUUGUCCUGGACAACAAGAAGCCUGCUGAGUCUGUUGCAUAUCUUGUGGCGGCGGUGGAGCUGGGCAAGAAGGAACCGAAACUCAUGCAGGAUUUUGCAACCCGAUUGAUACAGGAUAAAGGCAAGAUCCUGAAGCCGUUACGCAGCAUUGACCUCAGUGUCGACAGCGAGGCAUUGUAUGUCAUGCGCAGCGCUCUUGUGGAAGCAAGACAGGCUGGUCUGCCGGACAAUCGCGAGGGAUUGACGGCAGAGCAUGUAGGCGGCGACCUGGCGAAGCAACGAAGACGCCGAAGACAACUCAGCGAAACGCAGAUCAACCAAUUACACUCCACUUUGCGAGCGCAGCAGCAGGCCUUUGACGCUGACGAAUCGCUGCACGACUUGCACGCGAAGAAAGCUGCGCUUCCAAUGAAUCAGUACAAAGCACAAGUCAUCGAGAUGGUCAGCGGCAACCCGUUUGGGAUUGUAGUAGGCGCUACUGGAUCGGGAAAGACGACACAGGUCCCACAAAUCCUACUCGAACAUGAUAUAGCUGAAGCGGCAACAUCUGUUGCACAGCGUGUCGCGGAUGAGCGCAAUCAACCACUGCGAGAACAAGUCGGGUACCAGGUACGAUUUGAUGCUAAGCUACCACAACAAGGCGGCAGCAUCAACUACUGCACUACUGGCAUCCUACUCGAGCAGCUUAAGCAUGAUCCUGAUGGUGUACUGGAUGCUGCAUCAUAUCUUAUCAUCGACGAAGUUCACGAACGCGACACAAAUAUCGACUUCUUGAUGAUCAUCAUGAAGAAGGCACUUGCUGCUCGCAAAUCAGCGGGCAAGACUGUGCCAAGAGUGGUGCUCAUGUCGGCCACUCUGGACACGGAACUCUUUGCCAAUUACUUCUCCACCGAGGGUGAGGACAAUGUCCGAGUUCCUUGCCCGUCUUUGAGUGUCCCUGGACGCACGUUUCCAGUAAAAGAGAAAUAUCUUGGCGACAUCACGCAUGAGCUUGUCCAACAUCAUAAGGGUUCACUCGAUAGUGUACUCGGUCUCGAUCGUCUCAGCAAAGAGUACCUUCGUUCUGAGGCUGCGUUUAGCGUCGCACACACAGGCCGUAAUGGCGCUCAUGCCGGAGACCAGGAUCCGAGUAAUGACAGCGUGAUAGACUGGAAACGAAAACGGCAGACUCUGACCGGUCAGGAUGCUGAGGGCGAAGCAUCCUCAGAGAAGGAAGAUUCCAUGGUUCCCACGGCUUUGGCAGCAGCCACUAUUGCGCAUAUAUGCAGGACUACAAAGGAUGGCGCUAUCUUGGCCUUCUUCCCAGGAAUAGACGAAAUCCUGAAGACGCAAAGACAUCUUCAAGAGCACAAUAUCUUCAGCCGGGACUUCACAGAUCCCACCAGAUUCAAGAUCUGCUUGCUCCAUUCGACCAUUCCGAAAGAGCAGCAGAGUCAGAUUUUCGAGUCGGUGCCUUCCGGAUGCCGAAAGAUCAUUUUAUCAACCAACAUCGCCGAGACUUCUGUUACUGUGACUGACGUCAAGUAUGUCGUCGACACUGGCAAGCUCCGCGAGACAAGGUACGACCAGACCAGGCGUAUCACGAAGCUGCAGUGUGUUUGGGAGAGCAAGUCCAACGCUAAACAGCGUGCAGGCCGAGCUGGACGUGUGCAGGAUGGCUUUUAUUACGCACUGUACUCCAAAGAACGGCACGAGUCGUUGCGAGCUAUCGGCCUGCCAGAGUUGCUUCGGACGGACCUACAAGAAACUCUGCUAUCCAUCAAGGCGCAAAGCUUCAAUGAACCAGUCGAGACGUUCUUGAUGCAAGCAAUCGAACCUCCACCACGUCACGCUAUUGUGGCGGCACGAGACAACUUGACAUCUGUGGAGGCUUUCACGGAGGACGAGCAGCUCACAGAUCUUGGUCGACUACUAUCAAAAUUGCCUGUUCACCCUACGCUGGGCAAGAUGAUUGUACUUGGAGUGAUAUUCAGAUGUCUAGACCCUAUGCUCGUCCUCGGUGCAGCUGCAGAAGAGCGAUCUCUGUUCAUCACGCCUAUCAGUCAUGACGCCCGGUCUACGAGCCGGGACAUACGUCGUGAUUAUGGGAAAGGUGGAUACAGCGACCAUCUAGCCUCGCUCAACGCUUUCCGGGAGAUACGCGUACUCAGAGAUCAAGUUGGUGUGAGCGCAGCCUUCGAUCGUGCCCGAGAAAAGUUCGUGCACUUCGGGGCUUUCAAAACGGUUGACCAGACAGCAAAGCAGAUAGUAGAAGUGCUUGAAGACACCGGCCUCAUUCCACGCACCAUGGACGGCCGACAGCAGGCAGAUCAGUACGGUCCAGCGGCUAUGAACCGCAACUCCCAGAACCCGGUGCUGAUCAAGGCUCUACUGGCAGCAGGCCUGUAUCCCAACCUGGGCGCCAAGACGAGCGUGAAGGGAGCGGCCCAUCGUACUACCAGCGAACAGGGUGUCCUGAUACACCCAUCGUCAUUGAACGACGACAAUAAGCGUAAGGAAGACAAAAAGAAUUCCUAUGGCACCUUAUUCACUUACAGUUCACUCAACCAAAAUAACGACGGCAACAGCCUCUUCAUGCGGGAGACAUCUAUGACCACCCCGCUCAUGGCUGCAUUGUUCGGUGGCCCGCUCCAGAUGAGUCAGACCAAUAAACUUGAGAUGGAUGGCUGGCUCCCACUGUUCGUGCAGGCGGGUGAUCGUCGCUUCGCCACAAAGCUCAUUUUGGAGUACAGAAAAGCGCUGGACAGGGUCUUGAAUUCUGCUUAUCGGUCCUUGGCUAACCUCAAUCGCGAGCAUGGGGUCGAGUUUGUGGACGACCCAGUGCGGGAGCGCUUCGCCCAGAGUGUGGUUGAAGUCUUGGAUCAAGCAUCGGGAAGGACCGUGGAGCAGACCUUCGGGAGGGCCAGGGCUGGCCAUAUAGCACGAUACAAUUAA